GUAGGCGUACAUUGGAAAUUGUUUUGUGAGUGCCUGCACCGGUGUUAUUCGACAUAGCUCCUUCCUCGUGGCAUCGCCACGCGCUUUUGCUGACAUGCCCUCCUAGCAUAGCAAUAGUGUUGAAGCGAAUGCAGUAAUGGCCCAGGGGCGAGUGGAGCCAAACCUUUCAGCGUGUGCUGCCGAAGGGCCAGCGGCAUUCGCCAGUGCUGUGUGUUUGGGCUACGCACAUGUCUUUAGUAUCUCCUCGCCGCAUUACAAGACUGCUAGCGACGAUGAACAGGAGAGGCACCUGUCUGAUCUACGGGAACUCUCCUUCAGCCGGUAUCCGUCCACACUGCCAGAAGAGCUGGAGAAGUACUUCAGUGACUUGAACCAGGAGUUUGUCCGCUUUGACUGGCAGAGUGGUGCCGAUGUGGCUCUGCUCGAUCAGCUACUGAUCUUCACUUCCUGUCUCGAGAUCUUGGCACGAUCAACGCACAAUGUCACUGUCCUUGGCAAAACCUCGUUUUGUCAGAACGUCACAUCCGUGGGGUUUGUUGCGCUCGAGCAGCUGACAACAGAGCCAUCGGAGGAACUCUGGCAAGUGAAGCUCGCGGCCAUUGUUCGCAGUUGUGUGUCGUUCUUCCGCUGCACCCUGGACCCGAACUGUCAUUGGUUGUGGAAGCUGAAGAGCAGUGUGCGCAGGUCCAGGGAUGCCACGUCUUGCUCCUUCACGCCGGCUGCAUCGUCCUUCCUGACAGAGGGACUGCGCAAGUUCUGCCCCGGCUGUCCAGGCAUUGGUGCUUCAAGUGUGGCUACUACUGCCACUGACGAUGCAACGGACAAUGCUGAAAACGCUACUGCUACGGGUGGUGGUGAUGGUGGAGAGGAAGAUGAUGGUUUGCCGUCAGCACACCAGUUGGAGUUCUUGACAGUGUUCAUACACUUUCUGGGUGCCGCAUUGUAUGCUUCACAGGAGAAUGCCACUAUCGCCAUCAGCCCGCCGCUGGCUGACACGAUUGCCAGCGUCCUGGCACUGCCCAUCGCCGCCGCACCCCCCAACGCCUCUACGCCAGCAGCGGCGGCAGAGUCCUCAUCGCCGUCGGCAGCCACAAUGGCCGCGGCAACGGUUGCCGUGGCUGCAGUUGCCGUGGUAGCAGCCCCCGCGGCGGCCGCAACGGCUGCGGCCGCAUUCAUAGCAGCUCCGGGGGCGAUGAUGUCGGCGUUUGCAGCAGCCCCUGCAGCCGUUGCAUCGUUGGUUUCAGCCGCGCCAGCCACUUCAGCUGCCGCGGGGGCAGCGGCGGCAGCAGCGGUCGCCAUGGGAACGUCUGGCCAAUCACCAGACGCUAGUGUUUCGCAGCCGUUCCCAGCAGCCGCAGCACCGGUGGUGCCCCCGCCGGCGCCGCCGUCCUUGCAGAGUCGUAGUCUGGAUGUUCAUCUGAUGGCACGGCAAUGCUUUGUCAAGUGUGUUCACGUGAUACAUGCCGCUAGUCCUGACCAGCGUCAAGUUGAUGUCUCUGUCCUACUCAGCUCAUUGCUAGCUGUACUGACUACACGAGCUCUUUCACUUGGCGAAGCCCACCGAAUGCGUCUGCAGACUUCCUUGCUUGAAUGUGUGCCAAACAUCUUGGCCUGCCAAGAUGCAGCAGCACUGCAGGCCAUUUUCUCUAGCGUGGGUUUCUUCAAGGAGCUGUCACUGCUCUUCACGUAUCAGGGCUAUCAGUUGGGUGAGAAGGCAGUGCGUGUGGCAUUCUGUCGCAGUCUGGUGCUGGCAUUGGCUUCGGUCAUGGCCGGUUCACCUGCAGCUAAAGAAGCGUUUGCUGAGAAGUUCGGUUACGACCUGCUAAUGCACCAUCUGAAAUCCACCUGUCCUCCAUGCCGUGCCUUGCUACAGCCGAUUAUUGAAAUGGCAGCGGAGCGGGGUCUAACGGACGUCUCCGGUCCUCUAGUCCUGCGCAACGUUGCACCUGUUGUUCUCUUGCUCAAGUGGAUGCCAGAUUUGCCGGGGAGUCUCCAAGUUUGGUUAUCGGCCGCCAUUUCCGUAUUGUGUCGUUCCAGUCUGCUGAGUCGCAAUGUGGCGUGCACUGGCAGCCUGAUGACAUCACUCCUCACCGUGCUCACCCAGUUUGAGCAUCUGCACACCGACGCCGCAGCUUACAUCCUUGAUCUGGUCGAGUACCUGGGCAUGUAUUCCAUCUCAUCACCACAACUACGACAGCUGAUUGGCCUGUUCCGACCUAUUCAGAACCAACAGCCGCCGUACACGACCCGGUUGAUGCAAGCGCUGGAGGGCAUGGCGCACAAGUCUGGCCUGCAGGGAGCGCUGCACUACUUUGACCUGUGCCAUGCCGAAGCGGGUAUUGACAUGCCGUCGCUGCGAAGAUGGCCGUCGUCCCGGACCUCUCGUUUCUUCUUCACGUUCCACGCCUGGGUCAGCGUGGACAACAUGUGGGAGGCGUGCAACACUAGCCAUCCCACCGCCCUCUCGCAGCCCACCAACCGGCGCAAGCAACUCUACAGUUUCUACAACUCAUCCGACACCGGUUUCGAGGCGUUCUUCAACGUCCGUGGUGUGUUGGUGGUGGCCGUAUGUACCAAGAUGGGCUUCUUCACGGUCGCUGUCGAAGGCAGACCCAUUGUGGAUUCCCAGUGGCACUGCGUGGACAUUGUACACCAGAGUACAAGCCGUCUCUCCUCCAAAGGCCAGCUUACUGUCUACAUCGACGGCAAAGUAUGCAAGACUGCAGAACUCAAAUGUCCCAGCAUCACAGAGAAGUCCUGGUCGUCGUGUCACAUAGGCCGUGGUGGCAAGCAGACCAUUCCGGCGUACCUCCCCAACGUACGCUACACUGCCUCACCCACCUCAUCUCUCACCGGCAUGGAGACUCCGGAAACGCCGACGAACAUGUUCAUGAACGAAACCGAAGCCCCGCUAACAACACAACAACAUGAUGUCAUGGACCCGAAUGACUUGCUGAUGAGCAAUGAGCAGCAUCCGUCUAGUGUGAGUGCUGGCGUACAAGACGCGCACUGGGGUACGCCCACGUCGCUGCACGGACAGCUCGCGUCCGUCUGUGUCUUCAACGAAGCGCUCACCGAAGAAAAAGUGCAGCAGCUGCAUGCUAAAGGACCCAAUUAUCUUCAGUUGUUCCAGAAGGGUGACAGUGACAUCAACCUGUUCUCGCUGUCAACCAAUCUACUCUUCUACUAUCAUGCUAAGGCAUGUCACAUGCACACCGUUGAGGAUCUCAAGCCGUGUCCUGACGCAUCAAAGCUACUCCAUGGAAGGCUGACAGGCCAGGUUUGCGUGACGUGGGACAUCAAGAAGGUGCUGGACUGCGUGGGUGGCAUACAGGUGUUGAUCGUAUUGCUGGAGUUGAAUCAGCUGGAUGUGUUGCCGUACGGUUCAGCUCUGCACUCUGACAUGGCAACCAGUGCAUGUGGAGCGUCGGCAAGGGCAACAGUAGCCACGCCGACGAUGAGCAGCAACAGAAAGCCUGGCGGGCGGAGCUCCGUCAUGUCCAACACCUCCCUGUGCGGCACUGCCGUUGAGGAUGACCCGAUGUUUCAGGCGGCUCAGAGCUUACCAGCUUUACCAGGCGUCGGCAACAGUACAUCAGGUCUGGCCGAGGCAGCCAAUCAGGCGCAAGCAUCCCGAUCUGUCCACGCAACGGGGGCAUCGAUCGCCGAGAUGCUUAUCUCGAGCAGCAACCAGGUGGACUGCGAGGACUCCGUGGAUGAUAUGUUUGAGAUUGUGUCGACGCCAUCCGAGGACGUUCCCGACUCGUUGUUUGAGCUGCAGGCACGCAAGCCCCGUUCAUGGUCGCGUGGAAAUCAGCUGCCACCGUCACAGCAGCAGCAGCAGCAGGAGAGAAGGAAGGGGAAGCUGUGGCGAGCGCCCUACCAGCACAUACUGUUUGAAUCAAGUGAAGUUGUUCAUGGUGACAACGCCGUGUCCAGCUUCCUGGGGCUCCUGCGGUCGGUGUUACGUGACAGCGAACAGAACCAAGACGCCAUGGUCAAGUUUGGCGGAAUGCCAACAGUGGGUGCUCUCAUGAUAAAGGCCAAGCCAGAAGAUAUGGACGUGAGUGUGCUGAUGGCUGUACAGAGUCUAGUGGAGAGUGUACACAAACACAGUAGUCUCCUCUCACAGCUCUAUCAGCAUCUGCUCUUUGACUUCAGACUAUGGAUGAACUCACAGAACCACGUCAGAAUUGGUCACAUCCAGUACUUGACGACUGUGAUCAAGGACAACUGUGAAGUGUGUCGCAAUGACUAUGGAGUGCAGUUCAUGCUCGAUACGGCGCGUGUCUACUUCAGUCCUGCCUCUACAGCCAUGGCACCAGCGUCAGCAAGUGCUAGUGGCUCUCCCAUGUUGCGGGCAUGUCAGCCUACUCCCGAGGAGUCUAAGGCUAUACGCUCCUCUCUGCUUGGCAUUGUGAGGUUCUACGUACAACGGCGUAUUCGGUCCGACGAAGUGCGUGCUAUUAUCUGCUACAUCUCGGCGUGCAGCCUCUCUGAGCAGAUCCUAGAAGUUCUGGACAUGCUGCACGCGUUGUUGACCAAGGCACCGAACAAGGAAAGCCAAGAACACUUGGCUAAUCAGUUUGCAAAGCCCGGUGCGGGGCAGCUGUUACUGACAUUACUGCAGAGAGAUGAAGAAGAAUUGCUCAUUUCAACGUGCAAGGUGUUAUCUCUGCUACUCCGCGAGCCCACGGUUUCAGCAUCUCACAAAGCACAGCUGCUUCUGCAGGAGGCCAGCUUUGUCGCAGUCCUCGACUCACAGCUCGUGUCGGAAGCUUUCUCCAUUGACGUACUCUACGCAUUCCUGGGUCUGAGUCUCAACGGUGAUGAAGUUAUCCAGUAUGGCGAUGUUCUUCUGUCCGUCAUGAGUCUUGUCGCUCUCUCACCGCUGGAGUCACGCCUCAGCAUAGCUAAGCAUGUUUACCAGGUGCUUUCCAAGUCACCGGACAGUGCGUCGGAGAUCACGAAGCAGCCGUGCUGGUUCCGCCCACUGUUCGCUCUGCUCUACACACCCAGGGCUGCGACGAAGAAGAAGAAACCUCCGCGCCACUCUGAAGAUACCGAAGAUGAUGACGAUGCGGAACAGGAGGAGGAGGAAAGCAAGCUUGGUGGUGGUGGUGGUGGUGAAGACGCCACUACUGGUGUUGGGAAGGCUAACAGUGACUUGCAACCUGAUAUUGCCGGUGGAGCAGUACCUGUGCCGACAGAUCUCAGUGAGAUAACAGGUGCAGCUGCCACGUCGUCCAAGUCCCGUGACGGGGACAGCGACGUGCAAGCGACCACAAGCAGUCUGGUGGAAACCGUUGUGCGUCUUCUGCAUAUGCUUUCCGAAUACGGACUACCGCAGUUUCAGGAGAACUCCUGGCUGGAACGUGGACAGUUGUUUGCAGCACUGGAAAAUCUCUGUACGGAGAAGAACAUGCUGGCUAGCCAUGUCUUGCUGAAACGACGGCUACUUCAGCUAGCUCUACAGUGCAUGGUGCAGGAAGUCAACAAGAGUGGCCUGAGCAAUGCGGUGCGCAUGGAGAGUGCUCGUCAGUUGCUAGAGUUACUGGAGACGCUGCUGUUUGACGCGCGCACUGAGUCUGCUCCCAUCAUGCCGCAAGAGUUCGAGACUGAGCAGCUGUUGACAGUUGAUAUUCUGGACAACUCCCAUCGCCUGGCGGACGUGUUCUGUGUGUGGGAAUCCGGAGCGACAGGCAGCGCUAUACAAAUACGCCGCAUUGUACUCCGACUGCUACUGGCCUACGCAGUACAGGUGCAGCAAGACCUUUGUGCUGCGGCAGUUUCUCGCCUGCAGCCUGUCCUGCGUAACAACGUCUUCCCACCGGAUGUUGUGGGCCAUGUUUUGAAUAAGCUGGACGAAGCAAUGACGACGAGUGUGUCAGAUGGCCGUGAGAAGUUCAACUAUUUCCUGCUGCCCAUUCUCCACGUGGUAAUGCAGCAGCAUGGAGACACACUCCAGAUACGCACAGCGCUGCCUAACCUACCCGACCCGACACGCAGCUCUAACUUUCAGACCGAGUUCCUGGAGUAUCGCACAUCCAGUGCCUGGAAAGACUGGGUACAGAAUGAUUUGAGCACCAUCUCUCAAGCGUACUUGCGCGUGCCGUUCAAGAGCGGUGCGAUGAAGUCCGGAGAGUUCUGGAUGAACUGCUGCAAGCAAUGGCAGCGUAGCGAACUGCUCAUGCAGCAGAUGCAAGCUGAGAGCAGCGAUCUGGUCAAUAAAGCCUGCCAGGAUCCGUUCUACUCGUGUCGUUUGUCUGAACGUGAACGUCAUCGUGUGACCGAAGAGAAGCAGGUCAAUCAACUCUUAUCCACACUACAUCAGUGGCAAGCCACUAAGAGGCUCUUUACUGGAGAGCGUGAUCCCUGGUCCACUGGUAUGUCGGAGAAUGUCUUCUGGAAGCUGGACCGUGCUGAGAAUUUCUCACGCAUGCACAUGAAGCUGGUGCGCGAUUUCACUGGCAACCAGCACACCGAUGCCAGCAUGGCCAGAGAUCAAGCAGAUAUCAUCGCCAGUUCAGGUAACCCCGCUGGUAUGGCUAGCCAACUGAGAGUCAAGAAAGAAGCCCGUGUCCGCAAUCUCCAGGGUGAUCGCCUUGGCGACGAGGAAUGGAGUCUGCUGACGGCUGCCAUGUCAUCCAAGAACACGGAGGGUGAGCAAGUGGACGUGGUUGUGCAGCGUGAGCAGUGCACUAUGAUCACACUGAUGCACACAGUGAUUGGAGAGAUACGCAUCACCAACAAACACAUCUACUUCUUCGACUCGAGACCUCAGACCCAGCGAGACGAGGGAAGCGGUGGCGAUUUCGUCUGGUCGCUGAACCAGCUGCGUGAAAUCCACUUGCGCCGCUACAACUUGAGAAGAUCAGCACUGGAGUUGUUCUUCAUUGACCAGACCAAUCACUUCCUCAACUUUGAGAAUACGAAAGUCCGUGACCAAAUCUACCGGUUCAUCUUCUCCUUGAAGCCGCCCAAUGUCAUCUACAACCAAGCUCGUUCGCCGGCGGAGUUGCUCAGGCAGUCCGGAUUGACCAAGAAAUGGGUGCAUCGUAAGAUAUCCAAUUUUGACUAUCUGAUGCAACUGAACACGAUUGCUGGUCGCACGUACAAUGACCUCAGUCAAUAUCCUGUGUUCCCGUGGAUCUUACAAGACUACACGAGUGAAAAGCUAGACUUGGAGGAUCCGAACACAUUCCGUCCUCUGCACCGUCCCAUGGGUGUAGUCAAUCCAGAACGUAUUGAAGAAGUACAGACCAAGUAUGAAGGUUUUGAAGACCCCUCUGGUGUGAUAGACAAGUUCCACUACGGAACACACUACAGCAAUGCAGCUGGUGUGCUGCACUUUCUGUUGAGGCUGGAGCCCUACACUACGCUGCACAUUCAACUGCAGUCCGGCAAAUUUGACGUGAGUGAUCGCCAGUUCUUCAGCAUUCCGUCGUCAUGGGAUACGCUAAUGAAGAACCCAAACGACGUGAAGGAACUGAUCCCGGAGUUCUACUACUUGCCAGAAUUUCUGAACAACGUCAAUAGUUUUGAUCUGGGUCAUUUGCAGACCGGCAACGCAGUGAACAAUGUGGAAUUACCACCCUGGGCUGAGUCUGCCGAAGAUUUCAUCAGAAAACACCGAGAGGCGUUGGAAAGUGACUACGUAUCCGACCACCUUCACGAGUGGAUCGACCUCAUCUUCGGCUACAAACAGCGGGGCGAGGCAGCCGUCGAUGCACUCAACAUCUUCUUCUAUUGUACAUACGAGGGUGCUGUGGAUCUGGACGCCAUUACGGACGAGCACGAGCGCCGAGUCACCGAGUCCAUGAUCAACAACUUUGGUCAGACGCCGUCACAGCUCUUCCAGGAACCUCACCCCAGUCGGCUUAGCCAUGAAGCUUCCAGCCGAAUCAACACACAACAGGAGGCCAGAGCCAUGGCUGCCAAAAUGCCGUCCAUCUUCACCAACUUCAGAUCCCUCAAGGCCAGCUUUGUAGAGAUCAACGAUGGAAAUGAUCAGGUAAUUCUGUUAGCCAUUCCACCACAGCAAUCGCACUCCUUCAUCCACCAUGGCAUGCCCGAUACGCUGAUCUCAAUCAGUCGCAGCGGUCUACUGGGUCUCCACGGCUGGCUGCCUCACUCCACAAGCAAACAACAGUCGUUUACGUUCAACUUUGAUCCAACUCUCGUCUCGAAGAGUACACGUCAGAGUUUGAGCCAUUCGUUUGCGCCCGGACUGCUCCUGUCGGCCAAUCUGUUCGCCUACUCUCCUGACGGUCGCUUGCUGUUGACGGCUGGUCACUGGGAUAACAGCAUACAUGUGGUGUCUGUUGUGAGGGGUAGACCACGCACCACCACACCUAUCUAUCAUCAUUAUGAUCUAGUGACAUGUCUAUGCGUAGACUCAGCCGGUGUGUAUGUGAUCGCUGGAUCACGCGACACAUCCUGUACCAUCUGGAAGAUUGUCAUGCAGGCCGGCUCAGCAUCUCAUCUGGAAUCGCGACCGACCCAGACUCUGUUUGGCCACGAUGCCGCUGUGACAUCCGUAGCUAUAAGCGUUGAGCUGGACAUUGCACUAAGUGGCUCUCAGGAUGGCACGGUGAUUAUCCACACUAUCAGACAAGGUAUCUACGUCCGUACCCUGGCACCUGGACAGGAACUUGCGUCGCGUUCCUUGUCAACUCCUUGCUAUAGGUCUCAGUCAGGAACACCAUAUGGCGGUGCAAGAACGUCCUCGGACGGUGCGGCAGCUAGCAGCACACGCUCUGACGACGGCCGAUGCUCCUCAAACACAGCUGCCGUGACUUCAUCCGCCUCACCGCUCACACGCGGAAGCUCGAAAAAACCCACGUCUCGGCAAGUCUCGGCGGAUGUGUUCUCGAGUGUUCGCAGCACUGCAGGAAUGUCGAGUAUGUCGGCUGAUACGUUCUCUAUCACCUCCGAUAUGACCAUGGUCUCGUACUUGAACACUUCGCCGUCGGGUAAACGUACCGAGGACUUGGUGGUGUCGCAUCUUCUAGUGGCUGACAAUGGUCACGUGGUGAUGGUGAUGGCGAAUCACACGUCUGGACAGGUGAAACACGAGAUGUUCACGUACACUCUGAACGGCGUGUGUAUAUGCUCGGCUACGCUGGGCAAGAAGCUCGGCGCCAUCGCCUGUUAUGAAGACUUUGUACUGGUAGCCGAGGGCAGUCGUGUACGCAUUCGCAGUUUGACAAGUUUGGCCGUUAUUCACGAGUUGACGACCAAUGCACCGAUCGACUGCCUACACAUCGCGCCGGACGGCACCCAUCUGCUGCUGGGGCUGCGCGAUGGCAAAAUGGUUGUGUACUCGCUGCCUGGCUGAUGAUGAUGAUACAACGGCUGUCUGGAUGCUGCUGGGGAGCGGUUUAGGUGUUGUUUUAGCGUCGAUCACCGCUGCUCCGAGCUGUGUGAUGUUUCCUCGCUGUCAGUCUCUCAGCUGGACUUCUAGUGUUGUUGUCUGUGCCUCCGUACCGGUAUCUAGUUGGUGUUUUCGCCCCACGCUCGCGCGUGAUGUGCGUGCAUGCGUCUGCAACGUUAGCUCUAGUCGUAUCACGUGUGAUCACAGCAUUACUGCGGCGUAGUGUCACCAAUGGCGGGCUCUGCCUUCACGUGCGCGUCCCGCCAGCCUGUGCAGUAGCACGCGCGCCGUCUUCUCUCGUUGGUAAACACGUUAGCUUCGUAGCUGUAGAUCCCCCCGAUAAGUUAACCUAAAUUUUGAUUGUCUCCGGUCGGGAUAUUGUUGCUUCGGGUUGAAUGACGUCACCGACUCAGCAUUGGCAUGUCGGGAAUGCUGUGUGCCUCUGUGGUGAUGUCAUGGUUUCUGGCCGUUCGUGACGUGUCUGAUGUCAUCGAUGAGUAAUUGUUGCCUGGGUAAGCCCAUUGCGCAAUGACGUAAUUCGUACCGUAAACACUCCACACAGCCACCUGGGCAUGGUCGCCUGGUGUGUUGAACAGUACAUUGCUGAUCACAGCGUACUCGCAUGCAUUACUCAUACCUUCCAUAUUUGGCAAUGCGCAAUGGACUCGUUGGCGUCGUGGAACUCUCAUCUGGUUUAGUGCAUGCUGCUGGCGGCUUUACGUAAUCCACAACUUCUCCGCUAUCGGAUCAAUCUGCUUCUCCAUGACAUCGUCAUCCAUGGCUCUUUCCCAUGGUGACAUCAUCGAUGACUCAUCUAUGACUCAUUCUCAGCUUAUAAAGCUUUACGUACUCCACCUCUACCCAAUCGGAUCAAUCUGCUUCUCCAUGACAUCAUCAUCAUCAUCAUCCAUUCCUCUUUUCUGUGGUGACAUCAUCGAUGACUCAUGGGAUGACUCGUUCUCAGCUGAUAUUGAAAUAGAGGAUACCUGAGUGUUAUCUCCCGGUGUCAUCAUAUCGGAUUGAUGGACCUCACCACGCAGUGCUGAUCAAAGAGGACUUUGUUUUCUCGUUUGGUCGAUGUGUGUGUCGUCGUCAUUCCAUCGAGAAAGUUUGAUUGUGCCGCUAUGUGAGUCGCCCGCAUCGUGUGUUUUGACGUGCCGUGUGUUGACUCCACUCGUGCCCAUCAAUGUUUGUUCCUCAAGUGUGUGCCUUGGCACUCUGCUUGGUGUUUUGUUCGGGCUGCUUGGUCAAACAUCCCGCUCUGUCCUCUCCAAUGUGAAUUUUAAGUCUAGAUCUAGAUAAUCAUGUCGAUUAACAUUUAACAUCUCCUCAAUUAUAUGUUUUACUCUCUUAGGUUGACAGUUUGGAUUGUAAAGAUUUCUAUUUCAUUAUCUCCCUCUUUUAUUCUAUCAUGAGUCUGGCAUUCUUGAAACUCACUCUGUGGACCGCCGCCGUGUUGCACGAGAAUGUUGAAAAAAGACUUUUUUUGACCCGGUGUGCUCUAGCAAUCCGCCCCACACACACACAUACACACUCCACUCCCCCCCCCCCCCCCACACACACCAAUGCACAAUACCACACAUGGGCACGUCGGUAGUUAGCUAUCCAAGUGCACACACGCUCAUGAAACACACUCUAUUUUCAAUUUCUUUUAAAAGUACUAAUAGGAGUGCUCCGUCGUCAUGAAUCGCAUCUAGCUUGGUGCCCAUGACAUUUAUUUUUUGAUAUUCCGGCUAUUGUUUGUCUAGUAUCAAGGUCAUCCUUUUUAUACCCUACCACCUCAGUGGACCUAACAUGACUCCCCCUCCCCCUGCUCUUUCCCUACCACCCGCUCUCUCCUACCCCGUGCCCCCCCCCCCCACCCUACCCCUGCCCCUCCCCCUGCUCUGCCCCUACCACCCGCUCCCCUAACUCCCCCCCCCCCCGCUUUUUUACUCCUCCUAUUACUGUAUUGUUGGUACUAGUGGCACUUCAAAGCAUAUUAUUUUCUCCUCUGAUGUCUGUGUACUCGUGUCUCCCUAAGACAUUUCACACAUUGAAGACUGAAACUUAGAAUGGCCGAGAAUGGCCAACGUGAA